AUGCCGACCUUUCUAUACAUUACGAUCUUCGUGGUGUCGUCGAUCGGCGGUGCCGCUAUUGACGUGGGGUCCAUGAUCAAGGGUACGUUCGACAUUCGCGAAGCUGUGAACUCGUCAAGCCCAGCCCGCCUGCGCGGCGAGAGUUUGACCGCUGCGACGUGCGCCACAAUGAACAUCCUGGGCCCAGGGGUGAAAACUGAGGGCACAUUCGGUGGGAAGAUCACUGGCCGCGGCUGGCCAGAAUACGCCGACACCGUUUCGCAGUGUGCUCAGUUGUGCAUCGACGAACCGCAGUGCAGUUGGCUCCACUACUACUCGGAACCAGGAGAGCACGCUGACACACAUUGCUAUCUGCACCCAGACCCGUCUCCAGGAUCAGCUGACGUGGUUGUCGAUCUCACCCGAGGCAGGUAUGUCGCCUUCUGCGGAACCCCGACACCCGGUCCGACGCCCAGUCCGACGCCCGGUCCGACGCCCAGCCCGACGCCCAGCCCGACGCCCAGCCCGACGCCGCCCGCGACGUCGCCAGGUGCGGGUGGUGCGUCUGCCGUUGGCGAUCCCCACCUGCAGAAUGUUCAUGGUGAGCGGUUCGAUCUGAUGCAGCCGGGCAGGCAUGUGCUGAUAAAUAUUCCUCGCGGCGAGCGCGCUGACCUCGCAUUGCUCCGCGUGGUGGCCGAUGCGUAUCGGGUGGGUCAAGGCUGUGGGGAUAUCUUCUUCCAGAGCUUGAACAUUACAGGGUCUUGGGCUCUGGCCAGGCAGCGAGGAGGUUACACGUAUGCUGCGGCAGACGCUGCCAACGCGACCCCAGAAUGGACAGCCUUCGGUCAGGUUCAGCUGAAAGUCGUUCAUGGACGUUCUCAAAGUGGUGUUGUGUACUUGAACUUUUACGUCAAACAUCUCGGCCAGGCAGGCCGCCCCGUCGGGGGCCUCCUGGGAGACGACGACCACACAUACGAAGGGACGCCUCCACAGACGUGCCUACAGACGAUUCGUCUUCAGUCCGUGGACGUUGGCGCCCAUGCCCAGGAAUCUUCCACGGCCUCGAUAGCAGUUGCAACACUCGGGUGA